GCAACCACUGUCUCGCUCUCCGCCGCCAUCGCCGCCGCCGCCUUCCUCUCCGCCGCCGCCGUUGGUACUCGCGCUUGCCGCCCGUCGAGCUCCCCUCACCGAUAAAGGCUCACCGAAGGUUUCGUCGUCGACCCCGGGAGUUUCAAAUAUGUCUGGCCGAGGACUGAUGAAGCAGGACUUAAGCAAGCUUGACGUGACGAAGCUCCACCCUUUAUCACCUGAAGUUAUCUCACGCCAGGCGACGAUCAAUAUCGGUACCAUAGGGCAUGUGGCCCAUGGAAAGUCCACUGUUGUGAAGGCUAUAUCUGGAGUUCAGACCGUUCGCUUCAAGAAUGAGCUGGAGCGUAACAUCACUAUAAAGCUUGGCUAUGCUAAUGCGAAAAUCUACAAAUGUGAAGACGAGAAAUGUCCACGACCAAUGUGCUACAAGGCUUAUGGAAGCGGAAAAGAAGAUAGCCCUCACUGUGAUGUGCCUGGGUUUGAAAACACUAGGAUGAAGCUACUGAGACAUGUUUCUUUUGUUGAUUGUCCGGGACACGAUAUUCUCAUGGCUACGAUGCUUAAUGGAGCUGCUAUCAUGGAUGGAGCAUUGCUUCUGAUAGCAGCAAAUGAAAGUUGCCCACAACCCCAGACAUCUGAGCACCUUGCUGCAGUUGAAAUCAUGCGUCUCCAGCAUAUCAUCAUUCUUCAGAACAAGAUUGAUCUUAUCCAGGAAGGUGCGGCGAUGAAUCAGCAUGAAGCAAUCCAGAAAUUCAUCCAGGGCACCAUUGCUGAAGGUGCUCCAGUGGUGCCAAUAUCUGCUCAACUGAAGUACAACAUUGAUGUGAUCUGUGAAUACAUUGUGAAGAAAAUCCCCAUUCCUGAAAGGAACUUCACUUCCCCUCCAAACAUGAUUGUUAUUCGCUCCUUUGAUGUCAACAAGCCUGGUUCAGAGGUUGAUGAAAUUAGGGGUGGUGUAGCUGGUGGCAGCAUUCUCAGAGGAGUUUUGAGGGUUAACCAGAACAUUGAAGUUCGCCCGGGAAUUGUAAUGAAGGAUGAGAGCGGCAACAUCAAAUGCACCCCAAUCUAUUCGAGGAUCGUUUCACUCUAUGCUGAACAGAAUGAACUCCAAUUUGCUGUGCCAGGAGGUCUUAUUGGUGUUGGAACAACCAUGGAUCCAACUUUGACACGUGCCGAUAGACUGGUUGGGCAGGUUCUGGGUGAAGUUGGAUCCCUUCCUGAUGUCUAUGUGGAGCUUGAGAUCAACUUCUUCCUUCUUCGGAGGCUAUUAGGUGUGAGGACAAAAGGCACAGAGAAGGCUGGGAAGGUCUCCAAGCUCACCAAGGGUGAAAUCCUCAUGCUUAACAUCGGAUCUAUGUCGACUGGUGCUCGCGUGGUUGCUGUCAAGAACGAUCUCGCCAAGCUUCAGCUCACUGCCCCUGUCUGCACAAGCAAAGGUGAGAAGGUUGCCCUCAGCCGCCGUGUCGAGAAGCAUUGGCGCCUCAUCGGAUGGGGCCAGAUCCAGGCUGGCACGACGCUCGAAGUUCCACCAUGCCCGCUCUGAAUUGUGUUUCUCCAGGCAGAAAUCCUAAUCUUUGAGAGAAGAUAGAAGAGAUGUGGAAGGGCAGAGAGCUCCUAGGCACUAUUUUUGUGAGGUGGAUGAGAAAACAUGAAUUUGAUUUGGAAGCCAUGUCAUUGCGUGCUAUCGAAUUCAGCUAUGCUACAAAAGUUUUGCUUACAUCUGCAUUCUGAAUUAUGGAGAAUCGUUUUUUCACCAUGUUAUAAUGAAUUUGAAGUGGGGAGAAACCUACUAAUUGAUCAGAAUUGCAUUAUUGCAUUUCUCACUGAAUCCAAUCAGUGAUGUAUUAUUGCAUUGAACAUGUUGCAAGAAAGGAACAUAUCGCUCUGGAUUUUCUUUUUC